CCCUUGGAUUGUGAGGGUGGGAGGGAAAGAAUUGCGGGAACGAAGAGAUAUCAUUUAUCAAUGGCGAACCCUAAAUUCAAGACGAAACAGGCGAAGAUAAUAUUGGGUUCUUCUUCAAUGGCUCGUCGGAAAAUCUUAGCGGAGAUGGGGUAUGAUUUUACAGUUAUGGCUGCAGACAUUGAUGAGAAGAGUAUUAGGACCAAGAAGCCAGAGGAUCUGGUACUUGCUCUAGCUGAGGCAAAGGCUGAUGCCAUUAUUUCAAGGCUUGGAAUUACAGGUCAUAAGGAGGAAAAUGCACACCCCACGCUGCUAAUUACAGCCGACACAGUGGUGGUGUAUGAAGGGAUGAUUCGAGAGAAACCAUCAAGCAAGGAAGAAGCACGCCAUUUCAUCAAAGGAUAUUCAGGUGGUUGUGCAAUUGUUGUGGGAUCUAUAGUAAUAACUAACCUUACAACAGGUAUCAAAAAGCGAGGAUGGGAUAGGUCGGAGGUCUAUUUCCAUGAUAUACCUGAUGAGGUCAUUGAUAGACUGGUAGAUGAUGGGGUAACACUAAACGUCGCCGGAGGGCUAAUGCUCGAGCAUCCACUAACAGCUCCCUUUGUUGAUACCGUGAUUGGAACUCCUGAUGGUGUUAUGGGACUUUCUAAAUCUCUGACCGAGAAGCUACUUGAGGAAUCCCUCUGAGUCUUGGUAGCUGCACAGGUUGAAGUCUUUCAAAUACUACAAAUCUGAAUAGCCGUAUGUAUUUUGAGUCAUGCGUAUGACCAUGAAAACAAAUAGAGUCGAAUUCAACGCUUUCGUCAUGAAACGUAGUUGAUAAAACGGCUGCAUUUGUGACAUUAAUCGAAUGCCGUCUAGAUCAAGAAGUAUUUGAAUCAAGCAUCAUGAAAAGGUUAUUUAUCUUGUAAUCAAUUGUGUAGAAAGAUCCAUCAUAAUUAAGC